AUGAGAGGUUACUCAUGGAGAAGGGGAAGACUGGAGAAGCAGGUUCACAAAGAAGGAAGACGUGCCUUCCCAGCACAGGUGAAUGGAAUGGCCACCCACAGAACCAAGAAAGCCUCCUCCAAUGUAACAGGAAGAAGUGGGCAGUUACAGUACAGAUGUGAAGACAGGAUAACAGGAAAUUGGUGUGUCCAUCUCAAGUCUUUCAUUUCAUUUUCUCCGAAAGUCAUAUGGCCAGCACGGGCGGUGUCAAAUUCAAGAUUCCUGAAUCCAUUUGUUGUCGCUUUUGUAGUGAUUGCAGGGGUGGCGAUUGUGGCAAUAGCCAUAGGUUUACUUAUUCAUUUUCUAGCUUUUGAUCGAAAAGCAUGUUUUUACCGUAGCAGCUUUCAAAUAUUAAAUGUUGAAUAUACUGAUGAGUUAAGUUCACCAGCUACACAGGAAUAUAGAACUUUGAGUGAACAAAUUGAGUCCAUGAUUACUAAUGUAUUCAAAGAAUCAAAUUUAAGAAAGCAGUUCAUCAGAGCCCAUGUUGUCAAACUGAGACAGUCUGGCAGUGGGGUGACCGCAGAUGUUGUCAUGAAGUUCCGGUUCAGCAAACGUAACGAUGGAAACUCAAUGAAAGGCAGAGUUCAAGCUAUCUUACAGAAAAUGCUGAAUAACUCUGGAGGCCUGGAAAUUCACUCCUCACCUGGGAUAACAACAAUUACAUCCCAGGAUACAGAAAAUAUUUUCACUCAAGCAUGUGGGGCCCGUCCAGACCUGUUAACACUGUCAGAAGAGAGGAUCAUUGGAGGCACUCUGGCUGAGGAUGGUGAUUGGCCCUGGCAAGUCAGUUUACAUGUCAAUAACGUCCAUCACUGUGGAGGCAUCCUGAUCAGUAACACAUGGAUCCUGACAGCAGCUCAUUGCUUCAGAAGCUACUCUAAUCCUCAACAGUGGACUGCCACCUUUGGUGCUUCUACAAUAUUUCCGAAACGUCGAGCAAGAAUAAGGACAAUUGUAGUCCAUAAUAAUUACAGAUCUGGAACCCAAGAAAAUGAUAUUGCAGUUGUGCAACUCAACACAGCUAUAACAUUCACCAAAGAUAUCCACAGCGUGUGUCUCCCAGAACCCACGAUGAAUACAGUGCCUGGUUCCACUGCGUAUGUAACAGGAUGGGGAGCUCUUACUUACGGUGGCUUCACAGUCUCAGAUCUACGGCAAGGACAGGUCAGAAUAAUAAGUAAUACUGUGUGCAAUGCACCAACUGCUUAUAAUGGAGCUGUCCUUUCUGGAAUGCUCUGUGCUGGGGUACCUACAGGUGGAGUGGACGCAUGCCAGGGCGAUUCUGGUGGCCCACUAGUACAAGAAGACUCGCGGAGGCUUUGGUUUGUGGUGGGCAUCGUCAGCUGGGGCUAUCAGUGUGGCCUGCCAGAUAAACCUGGUGUGUAUACCCGAGUGGCAACCUACCGCAACUGGAUUAGAGAACAAACCCGCGUGUAG